AUUUACUACAGAAAAAAUGCAGGGAAUUCUUAAUCCUUUGUUGCCAAGGCGUAACAGUCGCAAAUUUCCAAAAGAUAACGUGUUAUAGUAGGAAGCCUUGCAUGAAUCUAAACGAUACACACCACUCUCACUUGAAAUAUCAAAAUCAGUCCAUGUUGCAUUGUUGAGUUUGAGUAUAGAACUUUUGCUACUCAACUAUACUCAACUGUUUAUUUAUUUCUUCAACUCUAAAACCACUUCACACACACAUUCCCUUUAUUCAUUCCUUAAUUAUUUCCAUUCAAUUCCCAACAAUGUCAUCACCGAUCGCCACCACCCUCUCAUCACCACCCUACGACCGCCUCAAAGCUGUCAAAGAAUUCGACGAAACCAAAGCCGGAGUAAAAGGUCUCAACGACUCCAAUAUUAAAACCAUUCCAUCUUUCUUCAUUCAUCCGCCCAAAAUCCUAUAUGACAUUGCUCCACAAUCCGGGCCUGAACCAGAAAUUCCAACCAUCGACCUCUCUGCUAUACACGACUCCCGCGCCUCUGUCGUGAAUCAGAUUCGUUCCGCUGCAAGUACGGUCGGAUUUUUUCAGGUGAUCAACCAUGGUGUAUCGGAGGAUCUACUACGAAGUGUUGUUGGGGCUUUGAAGGCGUUACAUGAACAGCCUGCGGAGGUUAGGGCCCAGGUGUACCGUAGGGAGGCAGCGAUAGGCGUAUCUUAUAUAUCUAACGUCGAUCUUUUCACUUCUAAAGCCGCCAACUGGCGCGAUACACUUCAGGAUCAUAGAGAAUCUCCAAUGAUAGAAUUUAUUUUGGUUCUUGUGUCAUAUUUUGUAGGUCCAAAUUGCCACAUUGCAUAUAAGCAAUCUCUAAGCAAUUUCAACCACUUUUACUCCAAUAGUAAUCAUAAAUAAGCAACAUAUAU